AUGGAAGAUGAAGUCACUAAACAUAAGGCAAUUAUAUCAAAUAAUGAAGCCUAUGCAAUUAUUAGAGCGAUAUUAUGUUUAUAUUCAGUGAAUAAAACAGAAGAAUUUAAAAAUAGUGCCAAUGAAAAAACAAUGGGACCAGUAUUAAAGAAAGCAUUUGGAUUAUCAGAUGAACAAUAUAAUGAAAUCAGUGAAAAGAUAUUAGAAUAUUCUACAGAAGAAAUUACAAUCUCUGAAUUACAAUUAAGAUAUGCUUGGAAAGAUAAUCAUCCAAUUUAUAAAAGUAAAGCAUUCAAAGAUCCAGAUGGACAUACUAAAUGGCAAAAAAAAGAAUUUCAAGAUAUUAAAAAAUUAUUAAAAGAUCCAUCACUUUUAGAUUUAAAUACAAAAUUACAAUUAAAUGAAAAAAACAAUAAUAAUAAUAAUAACAAUGAAAAUAAUUUAAAACCCUCAAUUCAAGAUGUAUUUAAUAUUACAUUAAAAAAACAUACAAUUGAAAAAUCAAAUGGUGGUAAAGAUAAUAUUCAUAUUGGUUAUAAGAUAUUAGUUAAUGCAUUCCUUCAAUAUAGUUCACAAGAAGUUUAUAGAGAAGAUAGACAACAUCCGAUUAAAUCAUCAUUAUUAAAAUCAAAUGAUUUAUUUAAUCUUGGUUUAUUACCAGAGUUUACAUGGAUUUUAAAUGAAUAUUCAAUACUCUAUGGUAUUAGAGAUUUCUAUAGAUUGCUUGUAAUUUUCGAUGUCCUAACAACUAGAUUCGAUGAUAAUUUAAAUCAAUUAAAUUUAUUAUCAAAUUGUUUUAAAAAAUUACAAUCAAUUAGAAAAUUAAUUCAAAAUAAUGAAACAAUUGAUGGUAGUGGUGGUAGUAAUGGUAUUAAUUUAAAUAAUCAAAAUGAUUUUAUAACUGAAGAUGAAAAUGAUUUAUUUAAUAAAAUUUCAUCAAAUUUAUUUAAUAAUUUAUUAAUUAGAAUUGGUAAUUAUAGAAUUUGUUUUACACCAAAUCAAGUUGAAAAAUUACCACAACGCCAAUCACAACAUUAUCAAAGAUUAAUUAAAUCAAUACCAUUAACAUUUGCAUUAAAUUUAAUGAAAUAUAUUGUUGAUGAAUUAUUCUCUGAUUUAAUUGAUUUUCAAAGUGUACUUAAAAAAGCAAUCAUUGAAGCCAAUGAAAAAGAAUACAUUAGAUCAAUGGAACAUUUAGAAGCAUUAUAUAAUGGUCAAUUAAAUUCAAAUUAUCAACAAAUAUUUUUAUUAUCAAAAGUUAUAAAUGAUAUAAUUGAUAAAUGGUUUGAUUGGGAAAUUUAUUAUUUUGAUUUAUCAUUUUCUGAAUUUUUAAAAUUAAAUAAUAAUCAAAAUAAUAAUAAUAACCAAAAUAAUAAUAAUCAAAAAAUUCAUUUAGAAAUUAUAUUUGAAACAUUUUCAAAUUUUAUAAAUAAAUCAGUUUUAAAUAUUUAUAAACGUUAUUCAAAUGAAGAACAUACAGUUAGAAAUAGUAAAAGUGGUAAAUUGGAAGCUGCACCAUGGAUAACAUGUUUAUUUUCAGAGUUAAUACCAUCUUUGGUCAAAUAUAAUGAGAUUGUAUUUGGUUUGUUUAAAAAGAAACCAAUACCAUUAGAAGGUGAAAUUAGUUUUUUAACAGGUCAGUUCAUUUUAAAUAGAAUUUCAAUUUUAAAUACAAAUAUUAAACAUUUAAUAAAACAUCAAGAAUGGAAACCAAAUGGUAAAGGUGUCUUUCAUAGUUCUUGUCCUAUUGAUUUCUUUGAAUUCUUAACUCAAUGUUAUAGUGGUAUUCAAUCUUUGGAAAUUAAACUAUCAAUUCCAUCCAAUCCAAUGACCAGAUCAUUUGGUACUAAUCUAGGUGACACUUUCUUAUUCUUUGUUAAAGGUAUAAGAGCAGUGAUUUUGGAAGAUUUACCAAUUGAUCAACAAAAAAUCAUUUCAAAUGUAAUUGAUAAUGCAAUCUCAAAUCAAGUUACACCUAAACAGCUAUUCCAAACAUUGGUUGAAAAUGUUAGAUUGCCAAAGUUAUCAAGUUAUAAUAUCACCGAGAGAAUGUGUUUACAAAUUAAUGAUAUUGAACAAUCUCGUGGUUUACUCUUGGAUUUUGAUGAUAAAUAUAAUAAUAUCUUUAGAAAUUCAUUAAAUGAAUUAUUCACAACUUUAAAAGAUCAUUGGAAUUGUCUCUUGACUUAUUAUGUCUACAAAAUGAAUUGCUAUAUUAAACCAAUCAUUCAAAGCAUUUCAUUAUCUUUGAAUGAUAAUUCAACAUCAAACUAUACCAAAGAGUUAUCCAAUUUCAUCGAAAUUAAUCUUUCAUUAUCAAAUAAAAAAUUACAAGCAAAUUUAUUCCCUGUAUUAUUAAAAAGGUUAUUUCAAAGUAUUGUAAAUAAUAUGUUGGAAAUCAUUUUACCACCAAAUAAAAAGAACUAUAAUAAAAUGGUUGUUGAAAAAUCACUAUCAAAUUUUAAAGGUUUAAUGGAUGAAUUAACAAAAGUUUUCCAUGGUGAAGGCGAUAAAACAAGUUCCUAUUUCGAAUUAACUCUUGAUGAUUAUACAAGAAUUAAAAAAGUUAUUGAACUCUACUCUUUCGAACCUCAACAACUCAUUGAAUUUCAUAAAAUACUUUUACGUUCUCAUUCAAAAUCAAUUAUCACCGAAAAUGAAAUUUCAAAUUCAAAUAAUCUUUUAGAUGAAUCUUUUACAAUUAUGAUCUUUAAAAGAAGUGAAAGUAAAGAAAUUGAUAAUUAUUUAAAAAAUUCAAAUAAAUAA